GUUACGGUCAUGCAGCCCCCAGCACGGACGGGGGGAAGGUCUUCUGCAUGGUCUACGCCCUUCUGGGGAUCCCCCUCACCCUCGUCAUGUUCCAGAGCUUGGGCGAGAGGAUCAACACCUUUGUCAAGUACCUCCUCCACCGCAUCAAGAAGUGCCUUGGCAUGAGGCGGGCGGAGGUCUCCAUGGCCAACAUGGUCACCAUCGGCUUCUUCUCCUGCAUCAGCACCCUCUGCAUUGGGGCAGCCGCCUUCUCCUACUACGAGCACUGGAGCUUCUUCCAUGCCUACUACUACUGCUUCAUCACCCUCACCAGGGGCGGCGGGGGCGGCUUUCGGAAUGUCUACGCUGAGGUUCUCCACUUCCAAUCCAUGUGCUCGUGCCUGUGGUACAAGAGCCGGGAGAAGCUGCAGUACUCCAUCCCUAUGAUCAUCCCCAGGGACCUCUCCACCUCGGAAACCUGCGUGGAGCAGAGCCACUCCUCACCUGGCCACUGUCCGGAGACCCCCUCCAACAGAUGCUUCUGCAACGCCCGCCGGUCGGCCAUCAGCUCCGUCUCCACCGGUCUCCACAGCCUGUCAGCUUUCCAGGGGCUCAUGAAGCGCCGCAGCUCCGUGUAG